GUAAAGCUAAGUUCUAUGUAAACACAAUAUUCUCUGAAACAUCGACUUUCAACAAACGACUUAUUCGAAAACUCUUCUUGGACAACGUUAACAGUUAAGUGGGGAUCCGUGAAGCAAAUUCAUAGAAAUGCCAGCCUACAACUGGAUCAUCGUAGUUUCGGUACUUAUCAGUGGUGUGAACAGUCUUACCGUAAUCCGCUCUACCGAUCCAUUAGGACGGGGAGGCGUUGACAAGUUUUCUAACACGGAUUGUGUCCCUGCUUUAUGUGGAAGCCUUCGUUCUGCUACUUGUUGGACAACGGACUGUUGCUUUUGCCAGUGUAAUGACGCCACACCGAACUAUGUCAUGUCUGAGGGAGUAUGUAGGACUAACGACGAGGUAGAUACAGGUAAGCUGAAUGUUUUAAGUAUUUUUAAGGCUGAAUAUGGCGAGUUUAAUAUUAUAAAACCCUUUAAGUACCAGAUGAUUGUAGCUUUAAUUGUAGCUUAAUUAGCGUGACCAUCCAAAUAAAUUCUACUGAAAUACUAUUGCUGCCUUCUUGUGAGGUACUGACUCAGAGCAAGUUGCAUGUUUUUCAAUAACGUUUGAAUCUGUGAGUCUCAAAAAUCAUAAAUCGUUGUGACCAUUUAAAGAAAACAGUUUCACCACAACUGAAAGAACAAAGUGUUCUCACAGAAACAUAAUUCUCCAACCCAUCUGUCCUCAGUUAAAGAUCACUGAUCCUUUGGAGAAAUACUGUCGGCGAUAUAGUUAACAACACUGUUUGUAUUAAUCUAUGACAUGCGUCUUGAAUACCCAGGAAGGAAAGAAUAACAAAAGAUGGUAGACCUCAGGUCACAUUUAAAGAGUUACUUGAAGUUUCGACUGUUAUCGAGAUGUAUGGAUCUGUUUAUUUUUGAAAUCAAGAAUAUCAUACUACCCUCGUAAAAUAAUUAGUAUCGCGUAAUAAAAAGCACCACUUUGGGUUAUGAGAUGAAUUUUUUUAGCCGUUAAGCAACACAUCAAGAGAGUCAAUAAAUGUUUGUGUAUCAAAAUGGAACCCAAUGCAACUAAGAUAUGUUUCAAAGGACUGCACCCUUCGAAAGCUUUGAUUUAGGCUCAUUGUCUACAUAUAUCCGAAUUCUAAACAUUACCAGAUCAGGGUGGAAUAAAUGUUUCUUUUUAGUGGUGACAAGGUGAUUCUAUCAACUCAUUUCAUGAAGCCAAAUUUCAAUGUAAAUCGGCCUUUGUACAACUGGGCCAAUGAAUAUGCUUUGACUAUGAUUCUCUGCGUUUAUUAUUUAUUUAUUUAUUUAUUUACCCUUCUAUUUAUUUGAAUAGGAUGUCAGAUAGAAAAUACACUUAGCGAGGAUUUCCCCUUGCCCAUCAAGGAAGUAACAAAACCAGGAAAUCUUCAGUUUAUUAAUCCGGGGUGCAAUGGAAUAGUGCAAAACAGCGGAUGGUACUAUCGAUUGUCUUCUACUGAGUGGAUCGCGGGACCACGGAAUAUAUUCAGCAUAAGAGCCGUUCCCAAUGACGGAAGCAGCUUGAAUUUGCAGGUGUGUAAUGUCAACGUUUAACCUUGGAAUUGUACAUGAAAAUACGUGAUAAAGUACUUUUCAAAGUGUGUUAACUUAAAUUCGUUUUCUGUAUAUUUUAUUUUUAACACUCAUUGUCAAGAAUUACAAUCCGCCUAAAAGUAGGCACAGUUGAUGGAGGUGUCAUGUGACAGUGAACAAAACAAAGAAAAGCAAAGAUCUCACAUCACUAAAAAUGGUGACUAGCUACCUUUGUUUGUCUUGUCCCAGUGCGCCUUUUGCUGUCCAAGGUGGUGGUUUUGAACCACGUUUCUAGGAAUAGCUUCAAAAGGCCUACGAAAGGGGUGCCUGACAUGGACAAUAAGUGACUUGGAUAAAUUGCGAGAUUAUCCUUCCUUUUUUUGUUUACACUUGAUAAGCAAAAAGAGAAUUUGACAUUUGAUUAGGGCGCACUUAAGCCUUAUUCCAUACCCCCUUUCACCACCAUUACCUUUCAAUUAAAAUAAUAAUAAUAACAUUUAAUAAUGGUUUAUUAACAGUGUAUACACCUAGUGGCUCUUCACCUGUUACAAACUACAAUAUAAAAAAUGAAAAACUAUAAUAUACUACAAAAAAAAUUGAAAUCUACAAUAUAAAGAGCAAUAAUAUCGGACUAUAAAAGGAUAUUGUACAAAAAAAAAAUGUAAUAGAGAUUAGUAAUAGUAAUACAACCCCAUAUGCAAUUUACAAACUAUUUACAAAUGUUAUUUGGUAGAUACGCAUUAACUUCCCUACAGUAUACUUUGAAAUCGCUACAGUUUCUAAUACUUGCCGGAAGGACAUUAAAUAACUUGGCAGCAGAGUCUUAAAAGGUGCCCCUCUCCAUUGGUAUAAUUAAUCUUGUUGCUGCUCCUGACCGCAAAGAUGGCAGAUGUUUAACUGUAUGUAGUGGUGCGUAAGACGGCCAGCUGGGGGAGUACAAAGCCUAGUGAACGAGUUUGAGAACGAGGAAAUCUCUUCGUCGUCUUAUUAGUAACCACCCUAUCUUAACAAUAUCGUCAACGUCAUUAACAUACCUAUUCAGGACAAAACUAGCAGCUACUAGCUGGACACGUUGUAAACGUUUUAGUUGAAAUUCCGGCAAAGGGUAAUAGACGGGUAAUAGACACUAUUAGAUCAUGGCUUUAAAGGACUUGAUGACCUAAGACGACUUUUUCGGCAUAUAAAUCUACUCACUUUUUGAGUAACAGGAGCAAAAAGAAUCUUAUAAAGCUAUAGAGAAGAUGCUCUCAUUUUUCCCUGUUAUAUUUUUCUCUUCUUUAUCAUCCGUAGUGGGAUAAAGGUCUCGACGCAAAGUAUACUGGACUGGUUUUAAAGUUCGUCUUCACGUGUCAAAAUACACGCACUACUGGCUGCGUAUUGAUGAAGUCAAAAGGAAACUAUACGACAGCUAACGAAGGUAUUAUAUGAAUAACAUUUAGAUAACGAGUUCCACCAAUCUUAAUGGUUUGCUUCAUUCUGUAUUUUAACUUGUGUCAACGUAUCAAGUUGCAUCAACUCUGAUGGUGCUAGUCUCUGAUCCCCUUGCCACAUGUUGCCAGAAGUAAACUUUCUAUUACGUAACGUCAGAAUUCUGGAGUGAAAUAUUCAAUGGCAAUAAGCCAACAGUUCUUUAGCGGCUCUUAAUCCACUACCUAAGGCUGGCUAUGUCUGUACACUCUACCAGUUGCUGAAAAAUUCUUCCCCCUAGUAUGACACCUGUUCACAAACACGUGGAUAAUGUAUUCCGAGACAUCGGUUGACAGCAUCACCACCAAGAAUCUCACCGCUGGCAGAACACUGGCGGUAAGAUAUGCAGGAUAGAGCUGUCAGGCUCGUCACUAAAGAAGUCAACAAAUUAUGAUGGUCAGCUUUCUAAUGGACGACAAAAACAUAAUUCUGAAGGAUGAAGUGAAGCAACAACCUAUCCUCUUGAGAAUCGGCUUUCACAUUGAAGUGGUAGACGAUUUCAGGUAUUCUGGGACAUCUGUUGUGAACAACGUAAAGGAUUUUCUGGCAAGAAAAAGGUCAUUACGGCCUUCACAUAUCCCUCGCUUCUUUCAUGGCUGUUUUAGAGGAACAAUCAACUCUCUCUAACAGAAACAUGGACUAGCUACGAUUUGAGGGCUGGAAAGUUCUUCAAAACCUAGCCAGCUAAAAAGAACUAUCUUACCAGGCGGAGCAUAGACUUAUGAAGAAGUUCAGUCUGUAUAUCCAUCUAUCGCCUCGACAUUGGGACAAACUGGAGUUUAAUACAGGCCACUGUUUCAAUGCCAAAGAACAUCCUUCGUUCCCAAGAGACUAUGACGAAAUAAGAGCAAGAAGACUCCUCUGCCCACCCCAACACAAUCUCGGGAAAUAACAGGCACACGUACCUUUGAUACACUUUUAGAAGAACAAUGGAGAAAAUAUCCAGCGUUUGGACAUUCUCCCGUCCAUCUCAACGGCAGUCGAAGUUUAAUUUGAUGACGGAUGAUGAUGAUGAUGAAAUAAGGAUAGGUUUCAGGCCCUUCUAGACACUUUACCCACCAUAUAAAUUUCGACAAUCCUAUCAGGGUAAUCAAAUAUCUUGAUUAUCAAUGCUUAAAAUUAUCAGUACAAUGAACAAAGUAACUUGCCCUAAUCUUCACAUGAUCUUUCCAUCAGUGUUGUCAAGCUCUUUGGUUCCACUGGGAUCCAAUGAUGGGGGAAUUGGUGUUACAGGAGGAGAAACAAGUCCCACACUACCGAGUGGCAACUCGGGUGGAAAGGUUAGAAUUAAAAUAGUAACUGAGGAAAGUGUGAUGUAAGAACUUUAUCCAGAAAUUAAACCUUACUCCCUUACAAAAAUGGCUUUCCUAUGUACGCUGUUCCAAUAGACAACUGCCAAACCUGAAUCAAUCGAUAAAACUUUAGGCAAAUACAUUUGAUUCUAAGCAAAUAUUCUACUUUUUUUAGCAAUUAAAGCCAUGAUCAUUGAAGAAGACCCAUUCAAAGCUACACACAGGAUAAAUCUUGAUGUGAAUUGUCACCUGACAAUGAAAAAAAAAAAAAGCCAAGACAAACCAAAACUCUGCGUCGUUUAAUUUUCUGAUUUCCCAUGGUAUUUAGACAUAUUUUUCUCACAAUGAGAAUCCCUGUCUGAAAUGAAAGGUCUUAGGAUUAAGACAUGUUUUGUUUAAGGGAAACAACGGUGAUCUGGAUCCAGCAGCAAACACCAAACAAAAGGUGGAGGCAAGGCAAACUGGAGUCGUCGUCGCUGGAGUGACAGUGUCACUAGCUUUCGGAAUUGUACUGGUGUUUGUUACUUUACUGCUUAUGGUGAAGAAAAGACGUAACGAGGAAACGUAAGUCAUAGUCAUUAUAAUAUAACAUUUUUUACGCCAAUCAAAUCUGAGAGAAUUGCAUUACCCUUAUUUUGUUGUGUGGGUAUCACAGUUAAAGAAAAACCGCUCAAUAAUUCGCCCCUUCUAACAAAAAAAAAAGGUAAUCCAAGACAGUCUUGGAUUCUACAGAUUCGAUUCCACGCCUUGCGUUCUUGAUUGCAGAUUCCUCGUCAGUAGAAACUUGGAUUCCGGACUCCAAUCGUAAGCUGGAUUCCAGAUUCCGUGAGCUGAAUUUCUGAUUCCAAAGCCAAGGAUUCCUUAUUCCUCAAUCUGGCCACAGGAAGAAUAGUUUUAAGAUCUGUAAUAAAGCUACGCGCAAACAGACGCAACAACUCCCAACAUUUUUCUUCUGUGUUGGCAGUGGUGUGCAAACGGUUGCAAUAACUCCCAACAGUGUUGGGACCUGCAGAGCAUCGUGGGAAGGAUACAACCCAUUAGUCUUUGUAAACCAUAUGCAAUGCGCAUGCGUGGUCCAAUCAGUUUUGGAAGAGCUGUGCAAACGGAUCCAACAUUGUAGCGCUACGCUUCGGCUAUCACGGAACAAAAGAAAUGUUGGCUCAAAACUUUCACCAGUUUCAAACUUUCCGCAACAACUCCCCCCAAAAAGCAACAUCAUACAACAGGGUGUGCAAACGGGGGUAACAUGUAACAUACAACAAAACUGGGAGUUGUUUACCAACAAUGUUGACGGUCCGUUUUCACGGGGCUUAAAGGAACAGACCGUUUAAUUCUAUUCUAUUUCGUUUAUUUACCUUUUCGGUUAAUUUUUAGGGAAAAAGAUCAAAGAAGAAAUGCACCAAGUAAGAACUACUGAAAAUUUGUUGAUUUAAUACGAUUCUCUCGAACUUCAAUACUUGAUACAAAUAACAAAAUCUGCUUACCCAAAUCUUACAAGUCUCCACUUUUUUCGUUUUUUACAGAUGCGACCUAUGAGGUAAGAAAUUAUUGAUGUGCAUUUAUAUAAUCACUUUAUUAUUCAAGCCACUGAGUACGUCAAAAAUGUCUUAAUAAUAGUUUCUGCUUCUUUUACUUAUCUAGUCAUUUUUUUAAUAUAUCUUCGUAUAUUUUACAUUUGUAUUGAUAUAUUUAUUGUUUCAUGUAUUUUCACAGGAGCCUUCUCGUCCUCCUCCUCGAUUAGGAGUAAACACAGAAUCUUUUCGUAAGUGUCAAACACUUAAUUUAGAGAAAUGGCGUUUCUAGAUACCGCGUAUGCAUUUAGGAUGAAAACGCAGACUUGCUGACGUAAAUUCCGGUAGUUGAAAACCAUGCAUUUUCCGUGCUCACUUUAAAAAAAAAACAUCAUAAUUUACAUUUUAUUGCUGGCUGUAAAAUUGAAAACCAUUCGAGACCACUGUAAUGAUUUCUUUUCCUUCUUUCGUCGCACAGACAACGAGUUUUACAGUUCGGAUUGCGUCCUGUCAAUCAGUAAAGAAAGCAUAAAUGCUACUGACACCCUGGCGGCUAAGACAGUAAAAAUGGGUCCACUACCACCUCUGCCUACUGCGGUAAGUUACCAUUAUUAGCAAGCCCGUAGUCGCUAUGGUAUGUUCGAUUGUAGUUCCGAUCAGAACAAGGCGAAGGUUGACAAUUACAACCAACGCACCUUUAAUGCAACAAACGAUUGCGAGUGACGAGAUUCAGGGGCGAAUCUGGGAGGGUGCAGGGGGUGCGCACCCCCCCCUACUUCCCCCUUUGUAAUAAAACUGGUAUUCUGUAUCCAAAUUUGUUUGCGUCACCAGUCAGUUACGCCAUUCCCUAGUGGUGCACACCUGGGAGGAGGCGGGUGUGACUAGCAUAGUCACAUUGCAAUUGGAAGGCCGUAGUUAACGAGUCAGUUUCAAGAUCUUUACUGAGUUCCCUUCUCUCAACAAAUUAGUCAAAGUGGCUAGGUUGUCCAACUAGGGAUGAGUGCCGGUCGUUUCAUCGAUUUAACACUUGACCUUGCCUGUCCCCUUCGUCUCUUAAAAAUUACAAGAAUGAAAAAAGGUUUCCUACGCUUACAGACUCCUUUUUGCCGUUUCCAGGAAGGAAUCUAUGAAGAACCAGUUUUAGUAAGGACCAUAGCUUACCAUCCGCUGGCAAAGGACUCACAGGAGACAGACAGUGAGUAUUUUAGAGUAUAAGCAAGUACCUGACACGUUUGAUACUCUUAAAGCGAAUCGAGAAUGCAAUCCACAUGUUCAAUUACUUCCCAGAAAUAAAACAAGCAAAAUAUAAUAAUUAUGGUAAAGGGAAUUGAAGUUGAGGUUUCAUUCCUCUGUUGAUAUUCUCCAAAAUAAAACAAGCAAAAUAUAAUUGUAACACUUAACGCCUGUGAUCAUAUGAUUUACAGAAUCAACAGAGAGGAAGUGCUGCAUGCAUUGAGUAAAACCUAAUAUAUGACAAUACAAAAGUACUGGACAACAAUAACCUGUUAAAUAAGCUUUAAAUGAAAUCCCAUCUUGUCGUUGUAAAAUGACUUGAAAAGAAACGACGCUUAAAGACGCUAUCAUUUAUCUAUGAUUUUUCAGGGGCGUACAGCAAUGUACUUUCAAAUGAACAGAAUCCACCUCCGGAUUACAACGUUCUUGAACCACCGUCCACCGACGAUGAUGACUACGAUGAUAACAUUGCUGAAUGCCAUGGAGGAGAAUUAUCGACAAAACAAAUCUGAAGCCCAACGGUUCACGAAAGAAGAACGAGAAAAGUACAUCAUCGCAUUUCACCUGAAAGACAGUUAAUUUUAGCCUCCACGUGCAGAUGGGCGAUUGUUAGAAAUGCUAUACAGCGAAUCUUCUAUUAAGCGGACACUUUUGGGACCUACCCCAGUGUCCGCUUAACAGAGGGUGAACGCUUAAUAGAGGUUUGCAAAAUGGCGCAAUGUUUGUUGACGAUUAACUUUCAACGGUUACUCUGUAAAAUGAUAAAGAUCCAUGCUAUUAGGAAAGCUAAGGAAGCUUUACUGUUCUUUGUGCGAGACUUUCGGUCUAAUCUACAGUUUAUUGACAGCUAAAUGUAUUGAUUUAUCUUUAUUUAUCGAGUACAGUACGUAUUUCAAGGACGUUAUCCAAUACUACUUUUGUCAAUUCAGUCCUGAGUCCGCUUAAUAGAGGUUUUUAACAAUGAAAUUUAACCAAAUACAAUUUAUUUCAGUGUCCGCGUCCUCUUAAUGGAGGUGUCCGGUGAAUAGGGGUUCGUUAUAAAGAGAAAUAUAUAAGACAUUAAUUUCGGGACCCGGCUUAGUGUCCUCUUAAUCGAGGGUGUCCGCUUAAUUGGGGGUCCGCUUAAUAGGGGUUUCACUGUAGUUGUCUGCACGCCUUGCGUGCCUAUAUACGGACAGUAAUACACGAUUAUCCUAUCCCCCUAUGGGGCUUUUCAGUGAAAUGAAACAAAUACCUCAAAUUGGAAAUAACAAAGUUAACAAUUCCAGUUGAUAGGAGGCGAACCAGUUGGCUAUUUUACAAGCUUCCUCCAGGAUUUGAACUCUAGACUACCGAGAGCAAAUUUGAAUUGACGUUGAUUAAGCAGUGCAGCAGUCGUUUCGUUUCCAAGAAAUCGGUAGGCAGGAUAACCAUACGUUAUUCUAUAGAACAUAAUAUUCGGGGAUUUAUCUCCGCAUUCUGAGCUUACACAAUUCCAUACAGAGCUCACGGUUUGAGGUUGAACAUAUUUUAACGCGUUCAAUUGGACGAAUCGACGAGUGAGGAUGUUUCGACGUUCUCUGAUACUAUUAGCGAUUUAUCAAAGUCUUAAACAUCCCAGUUCACUGAUUAUAAAUAAACGAUAGCUUUAAAAUACGUUGUGUGCGUGUGUUUUUUUUAAUGCCUGAUUAAUGUGUACACCAUUGAAAAGACAAAUAAAUAUUUCACAGAGAAAACUGAUUACAUCGUAUGAUUUCAGGUUGGAGGGGGCACUUCCUUUAUUGGCCUAAAUGGAUGUGUGCCGCAGAACUGGGUCUGAUUUCGUUUGUUUCACUACGCCAUGCCACGAAGCCUAGUACUUGCACCAUUGCUUCCCCCCUUCCCGCGUUCAUAAAUCAUCACAAAGUGCAGCACCUCAACGUAAAGUCACUCACGCAUGAUCAGUUAGUCAGAAUUGUUCAUUCACAUCGCUUAAAAGUUGUUUGAAUGUUUAUUCAAAAUAAGCGGUAAACGUAUUUUCUUUAUAAUCAUCGUCUCUAAGCAAUGACACAAUAUUCAAACGAAGACGUUGUUGUCAAGAAUAAAUGCAUUUUCGAGGUAUUCCGUUAACAUGUAGACUAAAGGAAGUUACGUCCUGAAAGUUUCUGAGAGAAGGACCUCGUUAUUAUUGGCAAGUAAGUACCCCAGUAAGAAAAAAUAUUAGCUUCUGUGAGGCCUAUGAUGAAUUAUCAAUUUAUCAAUAAACUGUCAUCGAUUUUCUGUAGACCAAAUUGAUUUGUCCUAUAAGUAAUAUUUUGUUGGCUUUAGCAUACCAUUCUAACUCAUAUCCUUGACUGAUAUUUAUGUUGUCGUCGUAUAUUCUGCGACUUUAAUUUGUAUUUUACAACAAAACGGCAUUUAUUCACCGCAAAAUAUCUCGCUUGUAUCACAGAGCAAGUGGUAUUUAGCCCUGAAGUGAAAUUAUUUUAUUUAAUAACUUAUCAGGGACUAAUAAGUUCUUGGAUGAUCAGUAUAUUUCCCUAACAAGUUAUUUACCCUGUGGGUUAUACCCACUAUCAUAUACACCAGUGAAGGAAAUGUACAUGGCUUAAAUGAAAUUCUGGUCAAUCUACAGGUGCACUGUCCAGUUAAUUAGAGUGUCGAAAUUGUAUGGCAAAUUGUUGCCGAAGAAUAGAAGUCCCUAUGCAACGAAAUACAGUACAUAAAAUUAUCCGCAAACUGUAUGAAUAAGAAGAGCUGAAGAAUACAAACGGUAAAGUUUGUACAGGUACUUUAGUUAACAAAAUCAAAUCCCGUACAAUCCUUAUUUUUAUGUGUUGUUAUUUUCUUUUGUUUGUUUUUUUUUUCUUUAAGUUUAAGUUGCAUACAUCACAAUAAAUCGCUAUAUUGUAUUAACCGAAUUAAAUUAGUAGACUUACAAAUUCCUUAUUUUUCGUUUUGUUUUUGUCAAAAAAAUUGUUUGUUUUUUUUUGGUUAUUUGACUUUUGUUCAGUUUUUUCUUUUCUCAACGUUGACUGUCUUCUAGUUUGUGUAAAUUUUCGCAUAAAACUUCAUCAAACGUUGUUAAGAGCCUGCCGUCUGCGGGCAAAUGAACGGCACCUAGCAGACUUGAACUUGCCCCAUAAGCUUCCGACCUUAAACGCAAGUAUUACAGUUCUGUUAGUUUGCUUGGUUUUUAGGUUUGAACAAUACAUAUAAUGCCUAUGAGAUUAAAGAUUUUUUAGGCUCUGCUAAUUGGUUUGGUUGCAAUCUCGGUUUUGUUUGUUUGGUUGGUUUUUAGGUCUCAACAUCCCAUAUAAUGCUUCCGAGAUUAAAACAUAUUUCGGCUCUGCUAGUUGGUUUGGUUACAAUCUCUGUUUUGGCUCUUCAACACUUCGCAAUCAACACUGAGAAAGAUUUCAUGCUGAAAGCGUACGUCGUGGACAUUUCCGACACCUUAAAGGCACACCAAAAAGGUAAGGACCGGUCGCUGCAGGAGACAGGCAACUGUCAACGCUUUGAAAGGUUUUAUCUAUUCAUAGUCCGGUCUAUUUACCAGGUUUACGAUAAAUAUAUAUAUAUAUAUUUUUUUUCGGCAGAGUUAAGUCUCACUCAUAAAGAACUUUCUUUAGUAACGUACGAGUGAAAAACACCAAGUUUUUGUAUUCUUGUUACCAUUGUACCUACAAAGAAGAAGAGGGUUUAAAACGGACAAUACUGGAACCCCCCAACCCCAACCCCCUCCCGCCCCCCAACAUUGCAUUGGUCAACAUUUGUAGUGACGACUUUGAGGGAAGAAGAUUCUCCGCCCAGAACCUGUUUAAUUAUUCCAGAAGUCAUAUUUUUGGCCAUUUUGGGGGGCAGAUGGUAGCUGAACGAUUAGCAAAAUAAGUCAAGACCUCAAGUAAGAAAUUUGCAGUGACUCUGAUCAUUUUGAAUCAAUUUAUAGUGAUUUCGGUAAAAUCCAAAAUGGCGGCUUGGAAGGCAGCCAUUCUGAAUGGAUUUCGAGUGGUGUUGUAUACCAUAACAUUUAUAUCAUCUUGUGGAACUCACCAGACGUCAUCCUUUCCAAAAAAUAAUAACCCAGUGGAAAUGCCGGGGAAGGCGGGGGAGGGAAGGGUUGUGGGAGUGAUGAAUCUAUUCCCCUUUUACCAGGAUGGGAGGAGGCGGAAUUGGUACGUGGGAGGGUCCCCCCUACCCAUCACCCAAAUGCCCUACUCUUUUUCUUCCUUCGCGCCCCUCAAGAACUCCCAUGCGACAGAUGUUAUAACAGCGUCCAAGCGAUUCCUCCUUUUUGUUUCUUUCAGAGAAAAUGCCAACAAUGUCACCUACAGAAAAUAUGUGUAAACUCUAUGAUGGAGUGGAGACGUUUGUUCUGUUCAUUGGUUAUCCUCGUAGUAGUCACAGUUUAGUUGGCGCCAUAUUAGAUGCCCAUCCUGAAAUCAUCAUCCCUCAUGAGUAUAACCUUGUGGGUAAAUGGAAAUCAUUGUCAAAGGUUGCAGCGCCGAAUAAAUAUUCACUCUUUCACGAGCUACACAGCCUUUCUCUGAGUCAAGCACAGUUUGGUAUUCGUGCAAGUAAGAACGAUACUCGACUGACUGGUGAACAUACGUACACAUACCACGUGCCCGGGUUAUGGCAAGGACGAUAUCAGCAAAGAAUCAAGGUAUGAAAGCUCUGGCUAGGUCGGAGUCUCUCAUACCACUGCCCUUUGCCCCUAAGUACACCUUCUAUUAGAUCAUCCAUAAAACACUAGAUUUAGGCGCUGAAGUUGUUUCAUGUCGCCUGUUGCAAAGGAUAACAAGGACGAAAAAACUUGA